AUGGAGCUCUGCGAGCAGCGGGAAGAAGCAAAAUCCUGCAAAAUGGCUGCUGUCACACAUGCUCGAACUGCAGAGAAGCCUGACUUCAUGACCAAGCUAGACGACCUAUUCGCUGAGUUCUGGAAGAAAAUAGUAUCUAGGGAGCAGCAAGCUAAGACACACAAACCUGCUAAACGCAUUCCCACGGUGUUGCCGGCACGUACCCAACGCGGGUACAACCAGAGCCCAAAACUGGCACCGAAGAAGAUGAGGCUCCCUGCGGGGCUUCAAAACCCACGCGAACGACCCUGCCGAUUGCAGCACUUCACCGCAACAAACACCCUGCAAAAUUCAGCCUACAAACAAGGCAAGCGAAGGGGACCCUCCAGAACCUGCAUCUCGCUCCAUGCUGGGACCGGGUAG